AUGCCUGCUAAACGGCUAACUCUUCUCGAUCUGCCUAUAACAGUUGCGAAUGAAGUUCUGGAGAAGCUUGAAAUCGAGGAAUUGAUGACCUGCCGAAAAGUUUGUCGAAGUUUACGGACCGCUGUUGAUAGACUCGGAGCUAACUUCACCGAUCUUGAAGUUAUCUUGAAUAAAAAUAAUCAAUACGUUUCGAUAUGUCUCGACGGUAUUACAGUCAAAUACUCUAAAUCAUCUCGUGAUGGAACAGAUGUAUGAUGCUCCAGAACUCGGCAACGGAAAAUGAAUUUUAUAAGAGGAGCAAACUAUUUGAACAUAUUUUUCAAUGAUUUGAAGAUUCUUUUGAAGCAUGUAUCUCAUCUAUCUAUUCAAACCGUUUGGAAAGAAGUCAAAUAUAGAGAAUACUUUGUCAGAUUUCUAGUAGACGUAUUGAAAGAGGAAGUUCCAAGUCAAACAACCAAACAAACUAAAGGGAAUCUCCACAUAGAAUCUAUAAGUCUGCAUACGGUCUCAAUCGACAAUGUUUUAUUAAUCAUACCGUUAUUCAAUAGUCAAACAUUGAGAAGUAUUGAAUUAGGAGGAAUACAUAACAGAACAUCUCGCAAAUUUGAGAGAAUAUUUCGCCUGGAUCAAUGGAAAAACGCGAAGUACUUCACUUUUUGGGAUACCUGGUCUAAAUGUCCACCUAUCGAACAUUUCUUGCAUUUUGAGGAGUUUAGAUUUGAAACUCAAGAUUUUCCAAUACAAAAUGUGAUUAAAAUUCGAGAUGAUCUGUUGCAAAGAUGUACGUUCCAGGAGUGCACAAUUUCGGUUCUAAAAUCAAAUUUUAAACCUGUCGAAUUUGCAAGAAUAUUUCAACAGGACUAUGCUGGUGAUGACAAAUUUACCAUAGAGUAUUCAAACGGGAAUUCCAAAUUUAAAAUAAAUUGCGGAGAAUAUCAUGAACUCAUGUGGGAGUUUGAAAUCGAAAGAUGCUAA